CUGCGAUGCAAGCCAACAACAAAAUCACAGAAUAAGAAAGUGUACGAACCAUUUCUCUUUGUGAUUAUUCUUCAGUCACUGAAAUUCAGUACUAAAAAAGUGCUACCGUCAAGCGUUAAAAUUGCCAUAUUCUCAUAGCCCCACUUAUAAAAAAGCACUUCAAACACUUUUAUAAUAAUCCUCAACAAUUCAACGAGCGUGCUGUGACAGUCACGCGCAACAGGCAACAAACAGUACAACGGAAGCAGCCAUGAAAGUCACUUCAGACCUGCUGAUUAGCGCCCUCUUAAUUGCUUUUGUUCAUUCGCUUAUCAAUGCAAAGAAUACUGCUGGAUUUUUUGAAACCUGUAACAAUGCACCGAACCAGUCGGGGAUUUACACACUCGCUCCGAGCUUCGGUAUCGCUCCUUUCCAGGUGUACUGCGAGCAGGAACGCUAUGACGGACACUGGCUUCUGUUUCAGAACCGUCAAGAUGGAUCGACUAGUUUUAAUCGCAGCUGGAAUGACUACAAGUUUGGGUUUGGAAGCCUUCAGCGAGAGUUUUGGCUUGGGUUAGAGAAACUGCAUCAUAUCACCAACAAUAGAACUUGUGAGCUGCUGAUUGUGAUGGCAAACUACAGUGAAUUUUCCGUGUAUCGUCAUUACACGACAUUCGGAGUUGCCGAUCAAACAAACAAUUACAAGCUCAAGUUGCUCGGAUUCAUGGAGGGAACGGCUGGAGAAUCGUUCUAUGAUUAUCGCGGCGAAAACUUUAGCACCUACGAUAGGUACAACGAUCGGUCGGAGUACAAUUGUGCGGCGUUGAUGGGGAGCGGACACUGGCACUACGACUGCGGAACUGGGGAUAGGAGAAAUAAUUUGAACACGAUCUAUACCGAUAGGGUGCUCGAUGACGGAAGUGGAAUAUGGUGGGGUGCAUGGGGAGGGCUAAGAAAUCCACUGAAGUGGAUAAAAAUUUACGUGAAAAUUAGAUCCGGUAGAUGAUCUACGA